CUGCUUUUUGGGUAACUUCCACGUGAUCCAGCUGCUUGAACGCUGAGCUUGACUGCGUCAAUCAGCUCAUCUGGAAACCACAGCCACCCUUUCAGACCUGGCAGAGGCAGCCUGGGCAGGAGGUCACACACAGCAGGUUGGGACAGCAGUGGCUGAGGGACAUCAGACCUUUGCAGACAAUGCUCAGAAGACCCCAGGCCACCAGCACAGCAUGAGAACAAAGCCCUCCUGAGUAUUUGGGAAGAAGCAUGAAGCAAGAGAAAAAUAUUUCUUCCUAACUGUAUUCUUUUUUUAGAAUUAAUCAAACAAAAUUCUAAGAGAAUAAUUACUGUUGCUCAGGAAAGGCUGAUGUCAUUGCUGUCCUCUUCUGUCAGCACAGCCAACUCACACAAGGAGUUUACAAUGUCAAGCAACAUUUCUGAAUGUCAUCUCUACGAAGAAAUGGAACCUUUUACCUAUUUUUACUACUUGAUUUUUCUUAUGGGAAUUAUUGGAAGCUGUUUUGCGCUGUGGGCAUUCACACAGAAGGACCAGAAAGAGAAGUGUGUCAACAUCUACUUAAUCAACCUCCUCACCGCAGACUUCUUGCUGACUUUGACACUGCCAGUGAAGAUUAUUGUUGACCUAGGAAUUGCGUCCUGGAAUCUGAGGAUAUUCCACUGCCAAGUCACCGCCUGCUUCAUCUACCUGAACAUGUAUUUAUCGAUCGUAUUUUUGGGGUUCGUGAGCGUGGACCGCUGCCUGCAGCUGAUGCACAGCUCCAAGGUGUACCGCAUCCAGGAGCCCGGCUUUGCCAAGACCCUGUGCGCGGUGGUGUGGGUCAUGCUCCUCCUCAUCACCGUCCCCAACAUGGCCAUUCCCAUCCAGCACAUCGAAGAAAGGCCUGGCGUGUCGUGCAUCGACUUCAAAACAAAGUUCGGGAGGGACUGGCACGUGUUCACCAACUUCAUCUGCACGGCGAUAUUCCUGAACUUCUCGGCCGUGAUGCUGGUGUCCAACGCGCUGGCGGCGCGGCAGCUGCGGCGGCACGGGCGCGGCGAGCAGCGCGGCAGCGUGCGGCGGGCGCGGCGCCACGUGCUGCUGCUGACGGCCGCCUACCUGCUCUGCUUCGUGCCCUACCACGCCGUGCGCAUCCCCUACACGCUGAGCCAGGGCAGCGCCGCCGCCGCCUGCCCCCUGCGCCGCGCCCUCUUCAAGGCCAAGGAGGCCACCCUGCUCUUGGCCAUCUCCAACCUCUGCCUCGACCCCGUUCUCUGCUACCGCCUCUCCAGAUCCUUCCGGGUGAAACUGGCGGGGGCGUCUGCGGCUCCCGGGGAGGCGGAGGCGCCGCAGCCGGCGGCAGAGCCCAGCCCGUAGAACACAGAGCGUGCCCACCGGAGCACCUGCAGCUGUGGGAGCCUGGAAACUGCCAGGGACAGAUCAAAGCUUAGCCCGGGAUCCCUACACCGAGGGAAUAAACCUGAGAUCGGGGAGGUGGCACACUAGGAAGAUGCCAACAGAGUAAGGCCCGUUGGUUCAAGACCUUAGACUUACAAGGUCAAGGCCCAGCCCUGUAACCAAGCUUGGACACCUGCCCCUAGGUAAACCCCUACAAAAUGCCAGGCUAACCACGCUGCUCGCCUUUGGGUGCUGCCUGUGGUCAGAUGCAUUAAAUCCAUCUCUGAGCUCUCCACCAUACCCAUCUCAUUUAUCGGCCACGGGCAGCCCCACAGCCAGACCCGGACUGGGAUCACUGGGGUCGCCCCCACCCCUCAGCAGCCCCAGCACUCCUGAGCAGCUGCCAGCCCAGGCAGGAGGAAAAUGCCCCCACGGAGCACCCGUCGUGUGUGACACCCCCACUGCACCCGUCGUGUGUGACACCCCCACAGAGCACCCGUCGUGUGUGACACCCCCACUGCACCCGUCGUGUGUGACACCCCCACGGCACCCCUGGGCCCACACAGCCCCGGGGCUGCCGUCACAAACGGCUCAGAGGGCCAUGGUGACCACCAGGCACCAGCAACGCCCGAGAAUGCACAUUCAGACCCAAAUAUACCUUAGAACUAUUUAUGGCAGACACCUGAACCUGCCUUUACUAAGUUAGGUAUUGUCCAUUUACUAUAUUAAAGGACCUGGUGCUGUCAAGUGAAGAAAUUAUUACACGGCAGUUCUUCAGCUGCAAAGCUGAUCUGACUAGAUUAACCAAAAAGCAUUUUAGAGGGCAUUAUUUACUCCACAAAGGGAUUUUAAACUGCCCUGAUUAAAAAUUGCUGUAUCUGCUUACACCACACCUGCAGUCUUCAUAAAUAAAUUUCUUCUGCUUGCCAA